GAAUAAAUCUUAGAAUAAAUCGUUAUCGGUAAUUUCACCUCACAAUAACCAUUGUGUUCCAGAUUCAAAAGUUCUCAAUUCUGAGAUCGCUGUAGCUAGGUAACAUGUAGAUGGCCAAACACCAGCUAGAAUCGGUUUGUUUCUUAUCAACAUGCUAUAUAAUCGCUGUUUACUGGUAUUUGUACAUGUACGGGACGUGCAUACCCCUGCACGUGUUUACCUUGCAGCAGAUGCUGGCUCCCUGGCCGUUACCCAUAGUAACACAGCAUUCCUCUACUCUGUGUUUAUGUCUUCCAAAGCAGACGUCGGUGAAUGAACAAAAUGGAGGACACCGUAGAACUUCAACACAGAAUUCUUGCCCUUAAGGUUCAGGAAUGCAUAACAAACGAAAACAGAGAAAUGAUAACUAGUUUGUUAGAAAAUAUUUCUAAAGACUUGAGAAAAAGAAUUGCGGACCAAGAUGUCCAGGGGAAAUCAGCCCUGUUUCUGGCUUGUGAGUUGGGACAAGACGAUAUAGUCCACUAUCUAAUCGAGGAAUGCAAUGCAGAGGUUGAAAAGGAGGGAGUAAUUGAUGACGUCACGUAUAAUGUACACGUGACCCCGCUGUGGAUUGCUGCCGAGCGCGGAUCCCUCAAUAUCGUCAGAUGUUUGGUGGAGAAUGGAGCAGACUGCAAUGGUUUGUCACAAGGCGGACUUUCUCCACUGAUGGCAGCUUGCCAAAGUGACAGUGACGACAUCGUGUACUUCCUCUGUGAACAUGGCGCAGACGUCAAUUCGGUGUCGGCUGCUGGCGACACCUGUUUAAGGAAGGCCGCUGGCAACAGUGAACUUUGUAAAUUUUUAAUAUCACAGGGAUCCAACGUAAAUCAAGGUGAAAAUGGACAAUAUCCAAUCCUCCAUUUGGGAAUUAAAAGCAGAAACCUGGAAUCUGUGAUAGAAUUGGUUAGUGCUGGUGCGGACCCAAAUGCUGUUGACUUUGAAGGAAACGACGCGUUGCAAUUCGCUGCUAUAGUUGGAGACGCAGAUAUUGUUCAGUACUUAAUGGAGGCCUUGAAAGUCGGCGAGGAGAAAAUUGCUAGAACUUACAAAUUACUGGGUGCAUGCACUAUCGCUAGGGAUGAUUAUGACAUAGGAAUAGAGUUCUGGAAAAAGGCUUUGGCUUUAGGGAAACUUAAUACGGUGGAUGUUCGAGAAAAUCCGCAACAUCUUUUAUACAAAGGUAUUAAAGAACCCAAUUCUCUGACUGAUAUAGAGUAUCUGGAAAACAACACAAAACAACUGAUUCUCACUAGCCUAUAUGUCCUAGAGGAGAUGCUUGGCCGGUCUCAUGGUGAAACAAUCCACCGGAUUCUGAUGUAUGGAACGGCGAUGUCUUACGACGAGAUUGGAGAGGAGUCAACCCGGGCCGUCAUGUACGCCUUCGACCUGCUGAGGGAGAAACAUCCGGGUCUUCACAGGAUGACGGAGUACGCGCUGUCACAACUUGUCCGGUGUCUGUACGACAUGUACCGGGAUAACAGAGACGAUGAUGACGACGAUGACAUAACUACACCGACUCCCCUCACUUCUCUUCAUCAGCUUCAUCUAGAAAUCUUGUCACGUGUCGUGGACUUUGUAAUCAAAAGCCAGUCAGAGAUAGAGAACACAGACGACAAAGAGAAACAGUCAAUGUAUUCUGUUUUAUUACAACUUACACUGGACGUUAUUUUCUAUUUUUCGGGAUCAGAGCUGGAUGCAGAAAUCGAAGAGAAAUACGCUUUAUAUUUGGCUCGCCUAGUUCGUGCUAACUUACACGAUGGACAACAUCGCAGCCUGCUCCAUCUAACGCUGUCGAGAAAGAUCGACAGAAAAAUUGUGUUCAUGAUGGCCGCCGGGUGGAGAAAUUGGUACGUGUAUCUGAUGGAAAUGUUACUCCAAGGUGUUAAUGUUAACAGCCGAGACAUCGAGGGAAACACCCCACUCCACUACACCGCCCCUCUUACGGCCUCAAACUGCAUAAAGCGCGUGAUAAAACUCUUACUUGACGCAGGUGGUCACGUGGAUGCAGUAAACCAUGGCGGGAAGUCAGCCAUAGAGUGUUUGAGAGAAAAUGGCUAUACUGUAUGUGAGAUACGUUACACAACUCUCAAAUGUUUAGCAGCUCGCGCCGUUGUUCUUUACAGAUUGAGCCUCCCUCAAAACAUUCCCGAUCACGUUAUGGAUUUGUUGAAGAUUCAUGGUCUAACUGCUACUUAGUUUGUCUUCUCUAAUAAAGCUAUUUCAAACACAAAA